UGGUACGUGCGCGCGUUUUGGUCUACCAGCGUCGCAGACUUAUAAAGUCCAUUUUUUUUCACUCUCGCACCACUACCACAACACCACCAUGCUCAUGCCCAGUGCCAUGCCCGCAGGCAUUCCCUCAGGCAUCACUACUCCUACCAUGCACCAACAAGCCAUUGAAGCAUCAGGCAUCAGUCAGAAAGACACUACGUUCACAAAGAUCUUCGUGGGGGGACUGCCAUACCACACCACUGACAAGUCUCUUAGAGAACACUUCGAAGUUUAUGGCGAGAUUGAGGAAGCUGUGGUCAUCACAGACAGACAAACGAGCAAGAGCCGCGGCUACGGUUUUGUGACCAUGGCCGAUAAGACUGGGGCAGAACGUGCAAUCAAGGAACCUAACCCGGUAAUUGAUGGUCGCAAGGCUAAUGUUAAUCUCGCUUACCUGGGCGCCAAACCCAGAGGGCCUGCGGCAGGUGAGGAUGCCCUAUACGGGAUCCCGUUAGCCAGCAUGAGGUACCCGACCAUCCUUCCUGGCCAGUAUGGUUUCCAAGAAAAGGCGUCUUGGCAACUAGCUGACUGGGGGAAUCCUGGGACGUGGCAGGUGAGAUCACGCGGCAGUUACCCUUCAGCAGUCAUGGAGGAUGCUCUCUUAAGGCUUCACCCUAACUACUUGUACCAACACUCUUACAUGCCCACUACUGCUGGUCUCCUGCAAAUGGGGCCCUCACCACUCAACCACAAUGCUGCUGCACUUGCAGCUGCAAGCCAGGCAGCAUAUAUUGACUACUCUUCGACUGCAGGAGCAGUUGCCUACCCUGGCUAUCAGUCAGCUGCUGCAACCAACAUGGAACCAUACGCAGCAGCUGUGUCUGCAGGUACGUCAGCAGAUGGUCCAGCUUCAGCCAUGAGCCAGUACACAGCUGGCAUACCUGCUUACUCAUGGGCACUACCACCAGGUACUGCUGCAGCAGCUGCAGGAACCAUUCCUCUCCCACCAUACCAGACUGCUCAGCCUCAACUGCAGGAGGCUCGAAUGCAGUAAAGCCUUUGUUAGACUCCAAGAUGAGAAGUAUUCAGGGAUGCAUCAGUGCUGGCACCGCCCAGUACAGCCCUCCAUGGGUGCUGCACCAACCUCCACUGCCUCACCACCCACCUGCAUCCUAGAGUCAUUUCAUCCUGGAGUUAAAUCUACAAUCUGUGUUCUGUUGGGCUGGAGCUCUUUCCAUAGGAGACUUCCACCCUACUGGAACCUUCACCAGGCAGUUAGGCUCCACCCAGGCCACUGCCCCCCCUGGUUGUGAACUCUUGAUGAGCCUCUCACGCCCACAGCAGUCAUGCACCGGCCAGCCAGGGUGGGUGUGGGCGUGGACUUGAGCUACACAUGCGAUGCUCAUGAUGCUCAUAAUUCUGUAACUUGGUGUUCAUGACUUAUCUUGGGAUCAUUGUCAUGAUCUCACCGCUAAACAUAAUAUUCAAAUGAAAACAUUUAUAUGAACAGUGUUGUAUACAAGAUACAGUACUGUAGUUGAAAGUGAAGUUCAUUUAGUUUCUUGAGAUAUAAUAAAGUUACAGUGCUUUGAAUCUUUGAAAGAAAUUAUGAUACAAUUUUUUUUACACUCUUUUACUUGUGUUUUUGUUACUAGAGAGAAAAUGAAAGAAGUCCUAUAAAGUGUAACUUAAGAGACCAACUACUCUGUGAUGAUUUGCCCAAGGCUGUCAUAACCCAGUUCUCAUCCAUGGUAAUACAUACUGUAUAUACUGAGGGUUUCUCCUAGCAGGUCUCAAGUUGCAUUCAUUUAAGAUGGCCAGUGUUCGAAAAUACCACAAUCAGGGUUGCUGUCUUUUUAUUUUUCCAAGCAGACAAAUUUACUCUAAGCUUAUGAUUUUGGGGUAGGUUUGGUAAAGUUCAGAAAGGCGUGGUUGGUUCACAUCAACCUGAAAAAUAAAAAGAUAUUGCUGUCCUGUAUGUGGUAAUUUUAUAACUGACCAUAUUGCAAUCCUCUUCACUUCUUCAGCUGUAGACUAAUGGAAAGAUGAAAAGAUGCUAUUGUUUCUUAAGCUGUCCCUCAGUAACAUAUUAUUGAUAUUACAAAGUCUAUAAUGUAUUGUGGUCUUGUUUUGUAAGAUUCGAUUCCAUAUCUGACAUACAGUUUUUCUCUUAAAGCUAGUGAUAGAAUGUUUAUAAAGAUAUUUUCAUCGUUAUAUCAUUUUAUGUUAAGAAUAAUGAUAUUUUGUUAAUACUAGUUAUUGAUAAUUUCUUUUAUGUAGCAAAACUCGUACUCUUGCUAUGAUGCCAUAGUUAAUCAUAGGAGUAUAUUAUUAAGAAUUUUUGACAUGGCUGUUUGAAGUAUGGAGAAUGCCAAGUAGGGUAUACUGUAUAUCUUGUCAGAUGAUAUAAUGAAGUGUAGAGUGGCUAAGUUAUAUACUUUUCAAGCUGAGUGGGUUAUUUUUCAAGUUAUUUGAAAUAGCAUUUAAAGUUUAUAGCAUGUGUAUAAAAGUGAAAAGUAUACACGCUGAUGAUUUAAAGGAAGUUAAAGAGUGGUAAUUUCCUGUUCUGAUAAAACUUUGAUCAGCACAAAUGCUCCCUGCACCCUUACUGGGGAGGACUCCCACAAUCCCUGCCUUCUAGUAUUCCUUUCUAGCCUCCUACUUUAAAACUAAACAAGAAGGCUGUGUAAGUGUACCAUUUAUGGCAAGUAUUUCCAUAUUUCAAUCAGCCUGUCAAAGUAUUUAAGAUAUUAGAUGAGCCAGUUAGGAUGUUGGUAUAUAGGUAAUAAUUUUAAUAGUAUAUUAUUGUACACUGAAAAGAAGUUCUUCACUGUACGUAUUUUAGCCGGCUUCGUCACUUUCAUCAGGAUUAAGUAUAUAAAAUAUAUACCUGGAUGUUUUCUCAACAUUUCACUUUAAAUUGAGAUGCAUAGAAGACAUAUCAAGCUUUCCCAAACAGGGAUAUAACAUUCUGCAACAUCUAGUCAGAAUCUCUGCACUAAUAUCAUGUUUGUGCCAUAUACUGCUCAUUUCAUCUGACCUAAGAAAGCAAAAUGGCCAUUGUUAAAAAGAUACCUUGGACAGGACAGUCAAAACAUUAAUUUUUAAGAUGUGAGCCAACUUAGCCUUCCUAAAACUACCCUAGGAUAUAUAGAUGAGGUUGAAUAAGUCAUUUACUUGAAUAUAAUGAAUGACUCAGUCUGUGGUACUCUUUUGGCACUGUCUUGCCAUAAGAAGUUAAACAGUGGACAAUUACCUUCCAUGAAAAGUAGACUGCAUGGGUCAAGCAUGUUUAAAUUGAACUUUUGACUCAAUCUUGUUCAUCAUGAGAUAGUGUUUACACGAGCACAUCUUGUCAUUCUUUAAUUACUUGACGUCUCUUGAACCUAUACAUACUGUAUAUAUUUUUAUUAACCUUGCAGUGUUUAAUUCCGUGUACCAUGUCAGAUAUCAGUAUUAAGCAACACAGUAUUUUGCAGAGGCAAAAAAAAAACUGAAUUUCCCUCACAUUUUGCGAAAGAAAAUUCACAUUGUGUGAAACAAAUAUAAAAUUACUUAAUUGUUUGUGAUUGUCUCAGUAUUGCAUUGUGAAUUUUGCUAUUAAUUUUUAUUCCUUAAUCUUAAAUUAUGGGGGAUGAAGGGAACAUGAGUAUGAAGUUCAUUUCCAUUACCCUAUUAACUUUCGAGAAACUAAAUGGAUUAGAAAUUUAGUUGUUUUGCAGCUUCAUAUCAAGAAAACCUAGGCUGAGUUAAAGAAUUAGUAGUUUCCAGCUUUCUUUACAGAAGGUAUGGCCCUUGUUGAACUUCGAAAUUGUGACAGGCAUAGCCCAGUCUAAAUAAUUUUCACGUUCCAAAUGUUUUUACCCCUUGUGAUAAAAUUAGACAAAAAACAGGCAUUGGUUCCUGAACUCAUUUAUGGGGCAACAGAUUUCCACAAACAAUAUGUAAACGGUGUCUGAUUUUUUAAUUACAGUAUAUGCUCUUUAUAUCAAGAGGUGAACAAGAUUGUUAGUGUAAAGUUUAACCAUGUGGAAAUUUGUGAAAUAUUUAGCAUAUUGUAUUUAUUAUUUUUUUAACAGUAAAAUUUAACAUUGGCAAAGUGUUUCAAAUGUUUUGAAAGGUCAGCAUACUGUCAACAAUGUAAAGAUAGCAGCAACAUUUACAUUCAGGUUGUUGUUACCAGGAAAGAGUAUGGGAGCAUUUAACUAGGGAGCCAAAAUUCCCACAUAAUACUCUGUUUGGUUAUAAAACUGGAAGGACAUUAUAUUUAGCUGAGGUACUGCUGUUAAAUAUUCAAUCAUUGUAAAACUUGUUAAAUAGAAAUUACAGAAGCAAUAUGGUUCAUGUUUAAAAAAAUACCUGUACCAUAAACGGCCAGUAAACUUUAUUUUUAGAAAACAUGAAUAAGCCAAACCUGUCUUAAACUAAUUACCCAGUAUCAUUUGGUGAAGUUUAUGUUGUUGUCUAUCACAUAAAUAAAUGCUUUAAAUGUCCUUUUCAUGGUACGUUUCCAACAUUGUCUGACUUGCACAAGACAAUCAUGAUAACAGUAGAUACUAACAAACCAGCAGGAUGUUGGUGAUUUAUGGCUGCCUUAUGGUUCAUCUAGUCAGAAAAAUAUAUAUAUCUAAUGCACAGUCCAGGUUGCCUUAUAAGUGCCUUUAUAGAGACUUGUCAAUGUACACUCCAAAGUCAGUAAAUUAUAAUGAGAUAAUUUUCUUAUUGUAACAGGGCUCACUCAUUUUCCUGGGUUACCACUGGCACCUAAUUAAUUGUAAGUAUUGUACAGUUUGGCAGAUUUUUGGCCAUUAGUCACCACCUGGGUACUAACGAGUCUUCUUAUUGAGUAAAGUGAAUAUUUGCUAAAUAAAAUUUAGUUUUGACAUUACAGAUUCACAUGAUUCUAAAAUCUGAAAAUCUGAGAUGAUCAUUAAAAUACUUAUGUCUGGCACCUAGAAAAUGUUUUCAAAAUUGAGCCUUGUAUCUCUUUGAUGUUAUAUUGCAUGAUAACUGAGGAGUGGCAUGUUUCGACAGUCUCCUGUCCAGUAAAGCUGUGAGAUUUCAGUUGUAAGUAUGCAGGUGAAAUUAUGUUUAAUUAUAAUGGAAGCAAGCUGAACUGUCCAUAUAACAGAUAGCAAUGAAAAAUAUCAUAGAUUAAGAAACUGUUGGCAUUCUACGCAAUAUUGAUACCAAAUGUUGAAGAAAUGUAUUUGAUAAUAAAGUACUGCAUAAUGUACUUAGGUGUAAAUCUUUAUGGAAGCUCAACUGUACUUUUUUGUUUCAGUAUUGGAAACAUUGUUUUUUUUACAAAAAUAUACGUAUUCAUAGGGGUAAUGAUAAUGUGGAGUAAGUAUCACAUGUAUGAGGGCUUACAUGAGUCUUUAUUCAAAUUUUAUCUACAUGAUCAAGUCACCAGCAAAUGAGUACAAAAAAGUUUUAGUAAAUAGGCCAUCACAGAUGUUUGAAAGGUUAACAUUGAUUACAGAAAGUAAUAUGUGUCCUGAUGUAUGAAAAGGGCCACAAACAACUUAAUUAAGACCCUGAGUAAGUAAACAAAAAAGUUGUUUACUAUGCUAUGGUUGUAGAAAGGAGCAGUAUUUUUCAUUGGAGUUUGUUUCACAUUUGUACAGAGUAUCCUCCAGUAGUUGAAGUACUAUGCUCCUAACUCAACAUAUUUACAUUUGUGACCAAUUUCUUAGAUCAGGUCACAUGCUGUAUAUCUUUUAAUACAUGUUUUAUAAAUGGAGCUGGAAAUUUUAAAGAGGUUGUAUGCUAUAAUUAGUCUUUGAGUUUUUCUUGAUACUGUACUGAUUGGAAAAGUGCCUGCCACCACACAUAUAUAUUCAGGUUACAGUCGAGGUGUGCUAGACCAGAUUUCUUUUUUAAUCAGAAUAUGUUAGGUUUGAAGGCCACUAUAGAACCCUUAAACCUCUUGCUGAAAUAAAAUUUACAUUUAAAAGGUCACCCUCCAUUUCAUUAGUUAUUCUCUGGUUCUUUAGAAAAAUUACUUCAGCUAAAUAUAUUCUUUCAUUUGAAUAGUUGUACAGUAGUUACUGUAAACAUUGUGUGUCGGAAAGUAUCAGAAAAAAAUAUCUCGAUGCUUUAAAAGUAUCCUUAUUUCCAUAAGGAUUUAGUGCUUCAAUAUUGUCUUUCAGACCCAACCUGUUCUGAAUCUUGAAAAUUACUUCCCUUAAGUGAUACUUUGGUCUUUUCAAUUCUUAUGCAAAUAUGUAAUAUGAAGUUGUGAAAUUUUUUAUAUUUGGCACAAAUAAGAAGUUUCAUAUAGACGGAGCAAACAUGGGACACUCAUGGUUCAAAUGUUAAGAAAAACUUGAGUGGGUCAAUUGGUCAUGGCUGCUGACAGCUCGAGAAAAGGGAUUUUUCAUCUCUCAUUACUGUCUAUUGUUUUACAGUACUUCACUGCACUGCUCAGUGAUCUGUUGUGUUCUAAAAUUCAAAUUUUAGACUCCAUUACCUGUUUUCUAUCCUCAACCUUCUAUCCCUCAUGCUUCCAUACUGUAUUUGUUUCUUCACAUUCAAUUCUCAUUUUAUUAACUGUCUUUCCCUCUGCCGUCUACCUCCUGUUAUUCUCACACUUAUGCUUCCUUUGAUAUUUCCAAAUAAGUACUGUAUACCUUUUUCCUUCCUGCAUCAUUCCUGCUUCCAUAUUUGUGAUUAUAUUUUUUGAGAUUAACUCAUAUUUCUCUGACAAGUUCUUCAGAAGUGCAGUAGCUGUUCAUGUAUGUCAUGGCCAAAGGGCAUUUCCCAGAAAAUGGCAGAUCACACCAUUUUUAUUAGUUUUAUUGUACAUUUUGAAAGAUAGUGCCUUAUAUUCUUAAUGCACACAUAGAAGAUAAAGAUGAAAGGAUCAAAAUGUUUAUUCAGAAAUAUCAGUACAAGUGUAAACUUAUAGAGUAAACAUUGCCCCAAUAUUUUUUUACCUUUAAAGGUGUGGUGAUAGUCAGCAAUUGAAGAUAUAGGCCAAAAAGUAACUUGAAAUGCAGAGCCAAGUAUUCUGUGUAAUAUUUAGUGCCUUUUGAAAAUGAAUUCUAAUACUUCAAAAAUAUUUCCAUUUGUCAUAUAUGAAACUUGAGAUUAAAUGCAGUCUUCAUAUCAAUGUGUCAUGGUGUCUCUUAUUGUACAGAAAUUGUGACAUAUAUUUUUAAUGUCACAUUUUGCAGUUAGGAGACAUGUAUUAUAAUGUUCAGGUAAGAAAGGAGCAGUCACUAUAGCUCAUUAAUUUACUAGGCAUUAAGUUACAAACGUAGAGUAUAUAAAAUAAUUAUGUAUUUAUUGUUACUAUUUGCUGUUAUUGACUGUGGGAUGAUCUCUACUUGUGCAAAAUUGCAUCACACACUUUUGAUUCCUAUUUGUUUUUUUUUUGUUUUUUCAAAGAUAUGUAUCAGUGUGGGAUUCAUUCUUUAAAUGGAAAUAUAGUCAAAUUUGUUGAUACUGUACUUCCAAUAUUUGAUUGAAGUUUUUUGUCUUCAGUAUUUUAUAGCCUUAUAUUUCCUGUCAUUGAUAUCUUUAGGAAUACACAAGAUCAUCUCACAAUAUGAAUCAUCCACCAAUUUUAGGGUUUCGCUAAAUUAUCAAUUUCAUACUGUAUGUCCUAUUUUAUAAUGGUUCUGAACUUCCCUAAUAUUGAUGGAUCAUUGCAUCAUCCAUGUAAAUAUCUACAGGGGUUAACCUACAUAACAAACAGUAAUUAAAGUGUAUUAGGUGAUGGUCUUGAUUCAACUGGAAGUCUGUGCUGUGGUGAAUUGGUAUUGUCCUUGUAAAUCUAGGGCCGGAUUCUCUAAGGUUCAUACAUUGUAUCUUCCCUAUAAAUAGGGAUGUAAGAAUGCACCUAAAUGGCUGACUUACAGUAAGCCCAAAAAUAGCAUCCAAAACAGCAUUAAAAUUACACAGGCUCAAUUUUAUGAAGAUACAUUUACUUAACACCAGUUCCAGGACAAAAUUUGAAUAUUUUACAGAAUCUUUGUGGAUCCGGACCCUCUAAGCUGUUUGAUGUAACAGUGAUCCCUGAACCAUAAAUGCUGUAUGUAACAGGCUUCGCAAAUAGCUGCCCGUGGUAGCAAUUAUAAACAUCUAUAAUAUUAUCGUUAAGGAUGGUCUUACAUCCUUUUAAGUCAGUGAUACCAGACAGCCAAAUUUGCUUAACCUGUGACUGUUGGUAGAGUAAAAGCUACCCUUAUGGGUUAAAGGUUGUUUGGGGAGUGGGAAUGAAGAAACAAAGUUGUUUUAUAAUGGUUAUGUACCGUAUGACUAAUUAACAAAGUGAUCAGUUGAUCAGGACGUUUAUAAAUCAUUUACAUAUCUGUAAUUCAUAAAAAAAAAUUAUUUUGCUAAUGAUAAAAUUGUUGAAAUGUUUUAUGCAGGUUUUUGCACAUGAAAUUCAUACUUGGGCUCAUGCCUCUUGCAUCAUCAAAAAAGGCAUCACCGGGAAAGGAACCUAAUUUUCUGUCUGGGCACUCAGAGUCAAGUUCAAAAGUAUCUUGUGCAAAACCCAAGUUCCUUUAAUCCUUGAUGCAUUGCUAUAGGUUAGAGUUGAGUCAAAAUUCUAGUCCAAGCCUUUAUUUGUAUGUUCCGAUACAUGGUACUGUACAUGUAUGUACAGGUACAAUCAUUGUGUAACAGUAACAAAUAAUGUAAAAAGUAUUAAACUGAUUAAGUUUAAAUAUUUACUACUAUAAAAAAAUUACCAAUCUAUGAAAUAGUUCAAAAGUUCCAGCGAGACCAUGGAACAUGCUGCACUGUUAUUUUCUCUGAGUUAGAUGCUCAACCAAUGAAAGUGGCACACAUUAAUUGCUGCUUGGCCAAUCAGUGCAUACCUCUGCCAGUUUUGAACUUUUUCCUUGAACAUAUGUACUCCACUGUGGUACUAGCUCUCUCUAAUUUUUUUAUUCAUAAUGUCUGGAAAAAAGAACUGCAAGUAAUAUUGCUGGUAAUGUGGCCCAGCAGUUACAGAAAAAUAUCAGCAUUGAUGUAAAAAUACAGGGUCAUAGAAUGUGUGGAGGCGGGUGAGUGUUGGUCAUAGGUUGGAUUUGGCUAUGUCAACCAUUAGAACCAUUCUCAAGAUACAGUAUUGGCUUCAGUCCACUCCACACCCCUGUCAACAGCCUGGCUCAUCCUUCUGUCAGUAGCUCCUCCCAUCUUAUUACCCACUGCUGCCUUGUAGGAGGAGUAGAAUUGUGUUAUGUGAGAUGGCAGAUAAUAGUCAAUCUUGCCCAAGGUCCAGCUGAGUGCACUGGUUAGUAUGCAACUUACUAUUAUUGUCAUUUAUUAAAAAUUAAUCUUUUUAUUUAUCUUAUACAGUAAUAAAUGUACCAUUUGUUUAUUAUCA